AUUUUUGAACAAUAUACUCUUCAACAACAAUAAAAAGUUAUUUUAUGCUCAACCCUAAAUAGCUUCUUCUUCACCGACGAUUUGCUCUUGCCUCACUCUCCGACGCCUUCUCUCACUCACUCACUGACUCACUCUCGCAAACCCUCCAAAGAGAUCUAUCUAAUCCUUCCCCCCAGAUCUCCCUUCUUCCAUUCCAUUCAAAGAUGCCAACGAACGACGAAGAAACCGCAACUCCAAUCAAACCCCAAACAAACCAACAACAACAAGAACAACAAGAGACUUGGCGCAGCGUCCUCCUCCGCCACGCCUCCGUCUACGGCGUAGCCGCAGGCUACUGCAUCUCCGCCUCCCUCCUCUCCAUCAUCAACAAAUGGGCCAUCACCAAGUUCCCUUACCCGGGAGCCCUCACCGCUCUCCAGUACCUCACCAGCUUCGCCGGCGUCGUCCUCUGCUCUCGCCUCAGCCUCAUCGACCACGACCCCCUCACCCUCUCCACCAUGUGGCGCUUCCUCCCCGCCGCCAUGAUCUUCUACCUCUCCCUCUUCACCAACAGCGAGCUCCUCCUCCACGCCAACGUCGACACCUUCAUCGUCUUCCGCUCCGCCGUCCCCAUCUUCGUCGCCGUCGGCGAGACUCUCUUCCUCCGCCAGCCCUGGCCUUCCGCCAAGACCUGGGCCUCCCUCGCGACAAUCUUCGCGGGGAGCUUCCUCUACGUUUUAACCGAUUACCAGUUCACCGUAGCCGCGUAUAGCUGGGCGGUCGCGUAUCUCGUGAGCAUGACUGUGGACUUUGUUUAUAUUAAGCACGUGGUGAUGACGAUUGGGUUGAACACGUGGGGGCUCGUGCUUUAUAACAACCUCGAGGCGCUGCUUUUGUUCCCUCUCGAGUUGCUUAUAAUGGGGGAGUUGAAGAAGAUUAAGCACGAGAUCACCGAUGAGUCUGAUUGGUACUCGUUUGGGGUGUUGUUGCCUGUGGGGUUGUCGUGUUUGUUUGGUUUGGCGAUCUCUUUCUUUGGAUUCUCGUGUCGACGUGCGAUCUCCGCGACGGGGUUCACUGUGCUUGGGAUUGUGAACAAGCUGUUGACGGUUGUGAUUAAUUUGAUUGUGUGGGAUAAGCACUCGACGUUUGUUGGGACUUUGGGGCUGUUGAUUUGUAUGUUUGGUGGGGUUAUGUAUCAGCAGUCUACUGUCAAGAAACCAAGUGGUGGUGCUGCGGCGGAGGAAGAGAAACCGAAAGAUGGGGAAGAAGAGAAGCUGCUGGAGAUGCAGGAGAACAAGGAGAGUAGUGGUGACAGCGUUGUCCAAGUGAAGGAGGGUGUGAAGUCAGAAGAGAAAGUAUGAAUCAUAUAACAGUUCACAGAUUAGUCUCUGUUGAUGGGCACUCUCUUGCUUGAUAUAUUCUUGAUUUUUGUAGCUAUUCUUUUGUAACUAGGAGGGUAUAAGAGUACUGCGUUAUUAUUCGUUGCUGAGUAAGAAGAACAUGAUCCAGAACUGGAAUAAUAUCGUUUUCUUGUUUACA